UCGAUAACGCGUGACCGAAAGCGCCAUCGAUAGCCUCCGCACGGACGUGGUUUUCCCAUUUGGCAAUGCACCAAUUUCGCGGAUGUAAUGAGAGAUCCCUGUUUCCUGGAAAUAAACAAACGAAGUGGUCCGAGUCCGCCGGAGACACGUUGCAUGUGGAUCCAGCAAAGUAGCUAGAGGAAGUCAGCUCCAAUCCGCAGUUCCGGGAUCUCGGGAUCCGACUGGUCAGACAUUGAACAAACAACCCAAAAGCAAGCGAACGCCAUGUCGACGGCGAGAAAUUCCGCUGAGCAAGCGGAUUUGGCGCUCUUGGUGGGCAGCAACAAUAACAAUGGCAGCCGCAGCAAAAGCGCCGGUACUCCCAGGAAAUACGCCUCUGCCGGAGCUCCGGGCUCCAUCAGAAUGUGCCCCUCCAGCAGCAUGAACAACAACCAGAGCACCAAACAGCUAAACUCGAUCUGCCAGCGAGCGGAGGCGGGCCACAAGCUGAUGAUAAUCAUGCGGGGUCCUCCGGGCAGUGGGAAGUCCACUCUGGCCGAAACCCUGCUGCGCCAAGCCCACCUGCUCGAGCGGCACAAGGUCCACGACUUCGUUUUCAGCUCAGACGACUACUUCUGGACGCGCCGCGGUUAUGAUUUCAAUCCCACCCUGCUCCCAGCCGCCCACGAGUGGAAUCAGCGGCGAGUGAGCGAGAAGGCCGCAUGCGGCUGGAGCCCCAUCAUUGUGGACAACACCAACACGAUGGUGUGGGAGAUGCAGCCCUACGUUCAGACUGCAGUGCGUCACGGCUACGUCAUUGAGCUGCUCGAGCCGCAGACCAGUUGGUGCAAGUCAGCCAGCAAGCUGGCCCAGAAGAAUGCUCACAACGUCCCACGGGAGAGCAUCCAGCGUAUGCUGGAGCGCUUUGAGCGCACUACUGCAGGUGAUCUCAUAAAGUUAAUGAAGGAUACAAAGUACUCGGUAGAACUUCCGCAAAUCCGCAAGUACCCGCCUCUUCCAUCGGUGCCGGUCAUUACUUCUUUUGAGGAGAACAAGCCAUUGGAAGCUUCAGCCCCAGCGCCUCCAGAUCACACCUUCAAGCUGAAUGCCAAUGCCCAAACGUGGGUGCCCUACGAACAAAGUGCACCGUCAUACUGGAUCCAGACAGCGGAUUCAGCAGAUUUAGGGGUCUCGGCGGUUUCGGCAGUUCCGGACGCACCGGCUGCUCCAAGUUCAACAAAAAGCGAGGUAUCCCUGAUCGAGCUUCUUCGCGACGAGAGCAAAACAGAAGAGGAAGCAUCGAAGGAGGAGUCCAGUAAUGCAAAGCUGUUUCAGAGGCACUGCUUAGACUGUCGCAAUGAACCGGGAGGAUUUGCACUUCUGCGACAGAUGUAUCCCAACAAACAGCUGACGGGGCUCUGGGAUCUGUUUGUCAAUUGCCAGGCGGACGUGGAUUGGGCUGUGGAUAUUUUGCUGAAGGAGGACGAGCUUAACGCUGCCACAGGAUCCGAUCAGUUCGGAUUGGGGGAAACAGUCAAUUCCGAGGAGGCGUUGCAGUUUCAAUGCGGCUGCGAUAAGUCGGUGGGGAGCCAAGAAUCAUCAGUUGGCACUCCUGUUUCCUCGUCACCAACACCACCAACAUCUAAAAACGCUCCUAAGCCGCAACGACAGCCACGCAACAAAAGAAUUUCGGCCCCCACCAACAAAGAAUUGCAGCUUCAAAUCCAAAAUUGCUUUGUUUUAGGCGACGAACAAUACUCAGAGCACACGCGUAAAAUCCGCGACAUCCGUAAUGGAGUCCUGGAUCAACCUAUCGUGCCCAAGUUUCCAGAAGCGAACGAAGCAGCGGAGCCGGAAGAGCCGGAGGAUGAGGACCCUGAAGACAAUACUCUGCUGGAAAUGGACUUGGGAGGCACUCUUAUUGAGCAGUUGCGCGCCCAGUUUCACACGGACGACGAGAUGUUGCCGCCGGAGCAGGAGUUGCCAAUGACCACAAAAAUAUUUGUGCCGCGUCAGCUGGCCAAGCAACUUUACAUGCUGUGGAUGGAGGCAGUGUACAACCAGCUAGAGGAACAGCGCCAGCAGACACUGCGUGAUGACGAGCAGUUCGCUCGCUUGCUGAAGCAUCCGGGCUACGCUGAUUGCACAGAGUCCCCGAGCAAUGUGGGUGAGCUGUUGGACAUGGAGCUGGCCUGGACCAUUUAUAACAGCGAAAAGAUGGCCGCCAAGAAGGCAGCCGAGUUGGCCGCUCGCAAACAGCCGCCCAACGACAUCGCCACACACCUGACCAAGAUGAAAUUGUGUGAGACGUUCCCCGACAUCCCCACCGACACUGUUCUCGAGAUCUUUGCGGCCACUGGCAGCAACUACGGCCAAACCGUCGAGGUCUUGGACAGCAAUGUUCACAGCACGCUGAGCGAAGCGGAGCUGUAUGAAAAGGCUCUACGCGAGGGUGAGAAACUAAGUGCAGAAGUUGCGUUGGAAGAGCAGAAACAGCAGCAGCAAAAACAAUUGCAACAGAACUCCUCUGGCCAAGGCCAGCGUUCUAGUUCCAGCUCUUCCACCAUAAGUCGGUCGCCCCUGCUGCAUGAAGAGGCUAAGUGCGCUGCUCUCCGCGACUUCGAGGAGACACGGAACAUGGCCGCCCAUCACUCUCAGCUUAAAGCCGAAUGCUACCUGAAGGCCAAACAGGCGGUGCAGCGCGGCAAUGGUAGCGUAGCGCUUUACUACUCUGAGAUAGCCAACUUGCAUAAGCAGAAGAUUGACGUCUUCAACCAGAGGGCGGCUAACUGUAUCAUGGAAGUGCAUCGACACACCCAGAACAAUCCGGAUCUGCUGGACCUGCAUUACCUGCACAAGGUAGAGGCGAUCAGCUGCCUGGAUCUAUUUCUUGACCGGCACAUAACUGUGCUGCGUAACACCACACGCGUCUACAAGCACGUAUUCAUCAUCACAGGCCGUGGGCUACACAGCGCCAACGGAGUGUCCACCAUUAAGAACAGGGUCAAGUCCAGGUUGGGCGAACGACGUUUGCGAUGGCAGGAGGUCAACCCAGGGUUGCUACGCGUCAAGGUGUUUUCCGCGUCGCGGCAUUCAAAGAAUUUCUGAUUGGAUGCGAACUGCACGGCGGGUCGGAGUGGGUUUAAGACUGCCAUAUAGGACCAAAGGCAACGAAGAGAUAACCUGGAUUACUACCUCAUCCGUUAUUUGACUUUGUAUCACUGCUUACAAAAUUUAGAAGUUGAAUCCUGGCGCCGUAUUACUUUCGAAUGUGUUCUAUAAACUAUGAAACAUUCCCGAUUUUAUUACUGUAUAUUUCUAAAAUGCUCGUCCUUUAUUCUUUUUAAGUUUUUAGUAUGCUUCCAAAUUAGAAUUCGCAACCAGCUCUUCCAUGUGGUGCUUCAGUAUCUUCCAAUAAGAUAUCUUCACAAAAAUACUUAUUUUUAUACUACUUUACACAAACUAUCGCUAAGGCAUAUUACUUAUAGAUAAAAUAGAUCCUAGCCCUAAGGUACUAAAAAUUACUAUUAAAUUCAGUUUGGUAUUCAG